AUGUUCGAGACAAUCCAGUUUAGCAGCAACCUUGCUCAGGCCUUCCGCAAGUAUCUGACGUCGUUCCACAACGUCGCUCCGUAUGUGCGACGUUUGGUGCUCCAACGGUUCCACACUGUCCAGUUCCCCAGGAUGGCUUGGUAUGCGCAGAACCUGAAAUUUCCGUACUUCCCGAUGGUCAAAACGCUCGAGAUCUCCGGGGGAUAUACGGAGGACCUGGCCACCUUCUUGUUCGCUUUCCCACAGCUAUCUUCACUUCGUCUGGGGCGUAUCGCAUGGACAAAGGGCGUAGAAGGUCCUGAAUUACACCCCGUCAUACCGUCGUCAGACGAAUUUAUACAAGAACUCGCUCUCGACGGCAUGGACGACUCGGUUCUCCGCUGGCUGACGAGUGGGGCCGUCCGCUUCCGUCUCCGUAUUCUGUCCAUCACACUGUCGCCCUCUGUGAAUGAUGACAGCGUGCGACAGCUACUCCAAGCUGCAGGCCGCCUACUCGAGGAGAUGCGUGUCACCUUUCAGCAUGAUUCUUCCCGCCGAGCAAACUGUGAUAUGGGCCUGUGGGGUCUCAUCUUCAACACGGGUAUCAGGAAGUUUACGGCAAACAUGGAGGUACGCGCCGGAGACGAUGCUCGAGACUAUGUCGCAUGGGUACCGCACGCGCUCGCAUCUCUGCGCUCUUUGCAGCUCCGUGAGAUCCGGCUCGAAAUGCGCGUGCACCCACAGGUCGCGAGUUCAGUGCAAAUGUCCGGCAGCUCUAUCAGGACGGUCAUGCGAUGCGUGGACAAGGUGGACUGGACGCAUGUAGACAAGACAAUCGAGAAAAUCGGACGGACUGUCAAAAAGGUUGCCGUCGUGGUCUCACUGGAAGUCUUCGAUGACGUGCUUCAUUACAGCAGCGCCGACGAAACAUGGAGGACUCAGCUAGGAGCUGCAAUCGCCGCUCGCUUGGGAUCAACUUUGCGCAGGACCAAUAUCGUACUUGGCGUUACUGUGGACUUCGUCAAGGAGAGAGGGAAACGAACGCCAAGACGAGAUUCGCCAAAGCCCAUCAUCAAGCCACGCUGGUUCGCAUUGGGGCUGCCCGUGGAAGAGUCCGCCGUCAAGGAACGCUUUAAACGGAUGUUAGAACGCUCCUGCUAG